ACACUGAAGAGUCGAUACGUGAGAAACCUAAGCAGUAUGCCCCAGGGAUUCAAGAGGCUGAAAACCAUACUCACCGUCUGUUGACCUCAUCGACAUUGUUUCGAAUUAUUCCAGUAACUCUGCACGGAAGAAAUGGUUCCAUCGAUACUUUCGCUUUCCUUGACGAAGGUUCCGAUCAGACUUUGAUAGAAAGCGAUUUGGCAACUUCGCUGGGCGUACAGGGAAUUCCUCAACCGCUACGGCUACGCUGGACUGGAAACACGACACGCGUUGAGGAGGACUCGCCAUCAAAUUACUGUCGAUAUUGCUGGGAUUGAUCAAAGCAAAUCGUAUAAGUUGCUGAAUGCUAGAACAGUCAGUAGCCUCGGUCUUCCCCGUCAAAGCUUCGUCAUGGAAGAAGCAGUUAAGAAACACAAGCACCUUCAGGGCAUUCCGAUCACCAGCUACCGAAAUGCAGUCCCGAAGAUCCUUAUUGGAGUGGAUAACUUGCGACUGGCAUUACCGCUCGAAGUUCGUGAGGGCAUUGCGACAGCACUGGUAGCUGUUAAAACAAGAUUAGGUUGGUGCGUCUACGGUCCCGGAGAAAGCAACAAACAAGAAUCUUACAAUUUCCAUAUCCGUGAAUGCGUUGCCGACGAAACCAUCUACAGACCAACGAAGAAGUUCAACGAAAUUGAAGCAGUUUAUACAAUACCGGUGGCAAUGCCUUCAACAUCAGGAGAAGAUCAAGCGGCAAAGACAGUUGAAUUGAGAAGCAAACCGUCUGGCGAUUCUCAGACGAAAGAUGCUAUGUGGAAACGGUGGACAGAUGUCUACUUCAAGGGAAUGCUUCGCAGCGAGGGGUGGCAGAGAUUGGUCGUGGAGGUGCAAAUGGGAGUACACUCAAGGCCUCUGACGUGUUUACCGUUAAUAGCGGAGCAGGCAAAGGUGCUUGAACUGAACCAUGACGAAGAAAGCGUUGCCGCAGUUCAGUUGCAGUUUAGAAAAUUGGUUGGACGAGCAAACCUUGGAAGAUCUUGGAAGCUUUUUCAGCGCCAGUCAGGCGAAAACAGAAAGUCAACGAGCCAUGACGGAAGGAAUCCGGGACGAAGCAACCGCAACCGCAAGAUUUCCAAUCCGGACAAUCAACGUCAGCAGAAUGACGCUAUACAAAGAGAAAAGGUCUCUCCGAUGUCAUGGUUAACACUGCUGGACCUACAAGGAGUGAGUGAAGUUCCGGAGAACUCCGGACUACACCCGGGGGAGACUGUUGCCGCAGAAGUAGUCCAGCUGGCAGCCCUGUCAUCCAGCGUUAGUGAAGCGUCGCGUCCAAUAGGCGAAGCGUCGCGGCAAAACAAGUGACAGCCGUCACAAACAGUGAGCCAGCUGUCAACGAUUCGUUUCCGGUGAUCAUUCCACAUUUUCCGAGACACAGUGCAGUGCAGCGUUCGUAGAAGAAAUAUUCAGUGUGAUUUUCUAAUAAUUUAUCACCUUUCGUUUCCAAAUACGGAUGUGUUUUCGACCGCAGGUUUCUAAGUUCAUAGGAAGCUAGGAAACCGAUAUCCGCGGCGCACAGAACAGAUUCCGUCUUGACUGCCAAAUCCUAUAAAUCCGUCUGCAGAAAUUUGAAAGCGGUUAAACGUUGAAAUCGCAGUUUAGUAGGACGUGACAGAGAUACCAGGCACACCGAAUUUUUGAAGCCUAUUUCGCAAUAUAGUUGCUAUCGAAACGGUUUCGCCUUUUAUUCUCGUCCUACCUCCUUCAACAAC